AAACAUCCUCAACUGAGUUAAAACAUGUUUCUCUUGGAUCAUAAAUAAUCAAGUCAACGCCAAAUUAUUAAGUUCUCUUAUGUAGUUAAAUUAGCACGUCAUGAUCAAUUAAACCUGCUUGUGGAGAUUUUGAUCUCUACCACCUGUGUAUAGAUAAAACCCACUUUAGUAUCCCGCAAAAAAUGAAACCUUUCCAGUUUUCCCCCUUCUAAUGAUAGCAUUAAGUCUUAAAAUCAUUUGUUUUGUGUGAAUAUGGACAAUUUUGUUAGAACUAGUGUUGACCUUAGGAAGUCAUGGAUGCUUCUUACGUAGUGCUUCCCCUCCCCCUCCCCCCCUCCUCUUUUCCUUCCUUUUAACCUGAAAAACUUUAUGAUUUCUUGUAUUGAUUCUAUUUUUCUUAAACAGGUGUAUCUCUAUGGGGGUCAAGUCACUUCUUGGAAGAAUGAACGUCGGGAGGAGUUGCUCUUCCUUAGUAGUAAGGCACUUUUUCAGCCACCUAAGCCUAUUCGUGGAGGUAUACCAAUCUGUUUCCCUCAAUUCGGAAAUCUCGACUCUCUUGAGCAACAUGGAUUUGCAAGAAAUCGACUUUGGAGUGUUGAUCCUGAUCCCCCACCAUGUUCAUCACAUACUAAUAGCAGGGCUUUCAUCGACUUAAUUCUUAGGCAUUCUGAAGAAGAGGCGAAGAUCUGGUCUCACAGGUAUGAGCUUCGGUUAAGGGUAGCUCUAGGACCUGCAGGUGAUUUGAUGCUGACUUCCCGCAUUCGAAAUACAAACACUGAUGGCAAGUCGUUUACAUUUACAUUUGCCUAUCACACCUAUUUUUUCGUCACUGAUAUCAGUGAAGUGCGAGUAGAAGGACUAGAGACACUGGAUUAUUUGGAUAACCUGCAGAACAGAGAGCGGUUCACUGAACAAGGGGAUGCAAUAACAUUUGAAUCAGAAGUGGAUAAGAUAUAUCUUAGUACACCAACAAAAAUUGCCAUCCUAGACCACGAAAGGAAGCGAACAUUUGAGUUGCGAAAGGAUGGACUUCCGGAUGCUGUCGUGUGGAAUCCCUGGGACAAGAAAGCGAAAGCAAUGGCUGAUUUCGGUGAUGAGGAGUAUAAACAUAUGCUUUGCGUAGAGGCUGCUUGUGUGGAGAAGCCCAUCACCUUGAAACCUGGUGAAGAGUGGAAAGGAAGACAGGAGAUCUCAAUUGUUCCAUCAAGUUACUGCAGCGGACAACUCGACCCGCGUGGACAACUCGACCUGCGUAGGGUAACCUUUGGUUGUUAAACACUGGCUUUUGCUUCAACAUCCUUUGUACAGUUUAAAUCGCAAAAACACUGCCGAUUCAGCCUCCACAAUUGGUGCCAGUCACCAGCCAAGCAUUUAAUUUACAAAUUGUCCCUGUGCCUAAAGUUUUCAUAUGAAGGGCAUGGUAAUUUUGCAUAUCUGUUUCUUUGGGUGUAUUGAUUGAUUACCUCUCCAUUCUUAUUCUUUCAUUUUUUUUUUCAUCUUAUAGUAUUAACUUUCUGAGAAUUGUCCAAGCGAUUUAAUAGUGUGUCAGUUUGGUAAUAAAAUCCUUUGCUUCUAUUCGUGA